CUUUAGUGCGUAUGGUAGCAUUUGAUUUUGAUGCUGAUGACUAUGAAAAUAUGGAAACUGACAUUGUCCCAGUGCCUAAACGAGGAAAGAGAGACACGGCAGCUGAAGUGCCUACUGUGACAUUUGAUGGUGAUGCUGAUGAUUAUGAAAAUAUGGAAAAUGACGUUCCGCCACCUGUGCCUAAUCGAGCCAAAAAAGGCAAGAAAGAUCAGAAAGCAAAGGCUGGGGAUUCAUCACCACAGUCAGCAAGGACAAGUAUAGGUGCAGCAGUCUGUGCCAGGCUGAAGUCACGAUGGUGGCUGGUACUUUUACUCCUGAUUAUACUGUUCUUCCUGUUUUUGGUCUUGGCGAUCCUGACUGGGCUGCUGUUUAUACAAUAUUCUUCAAUUUCUGAUGAACUACGCAACCUGAAAAACCUAGAUGCUCAAAAAACUCUUACACAAAAUGAAAUGAAGACAGAAAUAAAGUAUCUACAAGGAAAACUGGAAUUUCAAAAAACUCUUGAAAUGGAACAAAAUAAAAUAAAGCAAGAAAUGAAGAAUAUGCAAGAAGAACUGGGGGUCUGUGAUACAUGCCCAAGUGACUGGAUUCAGAUUGGUGCCUCCUGCUAUUAUUUAUCAACACAGACUGCCACAUGGGAAAAAGCUCUAAAUGCCUGCAUUGGGUUAAAGGGUCUGCUUCUGAUCCUGAAGGAUGAAAAAGAAAUGGAAUCUGUGAAUAAACUUUUUUCGAAGAAUACAAGAUACUGGAUUGGACUGAAAAGAGACCCAGAAUCCAGUAACAAAUGGAGGUGGUUGGAUGGUACGCAAAUGACCUUUAGCAACUGGUUCACUAACGAGCCAAAUAAUAGCGGCAAUCAGGAGAAUUGUGUGGAGAACAUGUCUGGACGCUGGAAUGACCUUUACUGUGAAGAAUCCCUGCGUUAUAUCUGUAAGAUGAGCUUGAACUACAGAGACAGUCACAGUAUUUAGCAUGAACGCUGUAUAAGAGAGACCGGGGCAAAUCACAGAAUAAGAGGCGCCAGGUAACCAUGGCUUCUGAAAAUGACACUCAAGCUUCAGUGUUUUGGGGAUAUCAUAUUAAUGUUUAUUUGCCUAUUGCACCUAGCAGUCCUUCUUGUGUAGAGCACUGGUUGCCUCCUAAAUAGGUUUUAUAUGUCGCUAUGUCUGAUUCUUCAAUAUCUGUUCAUGGGUUAGCUGAUCUAUAUGGAUGCCUAUUUCGGUUGGUCUAUGCAAGCUCAUCAUUUCACCAUGGUAAUAAAGGUGUUGGACAUCAUGUGAUCUUUCUCAAGCAAAUAGCAGGGUGUGUUUUUGGAGAAGAAUGUAAACCACGGUUUUGCUGCAGAAAUGGAGCUCAAUACAGGGGAAUGUCCUUGAUGACAUUAAGCGGUGUCACUGCGACGACUAAUUUUAGUUUUUUCCAACUAUCCAUGCACCCCACUACACAACAGGAAGACUUUGGUAGUUGAUAAGGCAGCUUCUGCCCAAUUUACCUACGGCAGUGGCAGUUUUGGCAAGACUAAGGAAGUAAUGCCGUAAAAGGUCUAGUAACCCAUAGCAACUCCCUAUGAAAUAGUGGCCAGUAGCCUUAGACGGAUGCUUACUACACAGGGGGUUGGGAUGGGGAGAAGGCCAGGGCAAAGCAUGGAAAAUCUUGCUGGUUGUUCUGCUUUUAUGUUUUCUACAGACACAGGGAUGGGUAGCACUAGAUAGGAGGCUACAUACAUCAGAAAAAAUUAUAUUAUUACCUAUAGAGUAGGCUCAAGGUAGUAUAGGGCUAAUUCACCUGAAAAUAAACUUUUACUAUGCUGUACACAUGAAUAUUCAAAGUUUACAAAUAGAAUUUUUUGUAAUGUUUUAAUAUUUGCAAUUACUUGCUGG